UUUCGAGGGCGUUCAUUCUGUGUCUCGCUCGCUCUCUCUCUUUCCCCCCUUUCCCCCUAGAGCGUCCAUGGUCUGUUUCUGCGGUGCUCCUGCCUGCGCUGUACCUUGCAGGCCCAGUAUAUCUAACAUCCUCCUCUCCUCUUCCAGAAGCCUUAGUCCCGGACUCUCAAAUGAUGUUUCGCUUGCAAGCCCCUUUCUAUUCUCUCCUCUUUCGGCACUGAGAGCCUCACCUGCCCUUUCAUGCAGAGCUCACACAGCCGCGACUCCAACUAUCCGUGAAAUCUGCAGCGGGAGUGUGCCAGAACACAUACUGCAGAGAGCUGAAGAAAUUGGAUAUGUUUUCCCUACUGCUGUUCAACAUCAAUCUUUACCACUUCUACUCUCUGGACGGGAUUGUGUGCUACAUGCUCAGACAGGUUCAGGCAAAACAUUGGCGUACCUAUUGUUGGUACUUUCAGCCAUAGACUUUCAUAGAUCUGCUGUACAAGCGCUGAUAGUGGUGCCAACUAGGGAGCUUGGUAUGCAAGUCGCAAAGGUUGCUAGAGCGCUUGCUGCAAUGCCAAAGGAAUAUGAGGGAACCCGUACAUGUACUGUCAUGGCUUUGUUAGAUGGUGGAAUGUUGAAAAGGCAUAGAUGCUGGCUAAAGGCGGAGCCCCCUCAAAUAGUGGUCGCAACCAUAGGGAGCUUAUGCCAAAUGCUUGAGAAACAUUCUCUUAAACUUGAAGCAAUGAGGGUUUUGGUUAUUGAUGAGGUUGACUUUAUGUUCAAUACAUCAAAACAAGUGCAUUUGCUUCGAAAACUCUUGACAUCAUAUUCAACAAUUAGUAGUCGCCAAACUAUUCUUGCUAGUGCAACUAUCCCCCAGCAUAACCGUUUUGUACAUGACUGUGUACAACAGAAGUGGACUAAGAAUGAUGUUGUUCACGUCCAUGUCAAUCCUGUGGAGCCCAUGCCUUCAAACCUAUGCCACAAAUUUGUGAUCUGUAGUAAGAAAGAAAGAUUGCAAACUUUGGUAUACUUGCUUCAGAAAGACACACCUAAAUCUGGCAUAGUUUUUGUCAGUGAGCAGUCUGAGAAAUCUAAAAAGCUUGGACAGCCUCCUUCAACAACCUCUAUUAUUGAAUUUCUUAGAGCAUCUUAUACGGGAUGCCUUGAAGUCAUUCUCCUAGAAGAAGAAAUGAAUUUCAAUGCUCGAGCGACAUCAUUCUCUGAACUUAGAGAACGAGGUUGCCUUCUUGUGUCGACCGACAUAGCAAGCAGAGGAUUUGAUCUGCCGCAGACAACGCACAUAUAUAACUUUGAUCUUCCGAGGAGUGCAGUUGACUAUCUCCACCGUGCUGGAAGAACAGGACGAAUACCAUUCUCCAAAGAUAAAUGCAGUGUCACAAGUCUCAUCACCAAGGAGGAGCGCUUUGUGCUGCAGAGGUUUGAAAAUGAGUUGAUGUUCCAAUGUGAAGAGUUGGUUCUGGAGUCUCUUACAAAUUAGCCUUUUUUUUUGUGUGUGUGUGAGAGAGUGAGAGAGAGGAGAGCCAUUCUGGAUCUACCGAUUCUACCCCUUGGCAACAUUUUCUUGUGUUUGUAUAGGCCCUGCCUUAUCUAGGUUUGGCAUGGUCUGGACCAGUGCUUUAAUUUGAUGAUUAAUAGAAUUUGAUGUGCCAGUUAGUGAAAAGAAGAAAAAGUUGUGAGAACUUUGCGAUGAAAGAAAUUUGAAAUCUCUCACCAAAAAUAACAUAUGUUGCUGGCUUUAGCUUUUGGA